UUCUCCCCAAGUAGCCCUUUAAACCCCGCAAAACCCUAGAAAUUGAUUUCGUCACCGCCGAAUCCCCCAGCAGCCAGCCAUGUCGUCGUCGGCGUCGCGCGCCGCCAGCCUCCUCCGCCGCACAUCCUCCGCCCUGUCCCGCCGCUGCGCCCACUCCUCCUCCGCCGCCGCGCCGUCCCGCCCGCCCGUUCCGCUCCCACGUUUCCGCGCCGCCGCCGCCGCCGCCUCCUCCUCGCCGUCCUCUGGGAUCACCUCCCGCCGCUUCCUCGCGUCGAAAUCCCCGUCGUCGUCGUCGCCCUCCAAGGCCUCCGCCGACGAGAACCUGGUGCGGGUCAUCGACUCCGAGAUCGAGUGCAUUGUUCAGUCGGAGGAGGGCGCCGCCUCCGCGAAGCAAAUUGAUCUACCAGAAGACUUCCCUUUUGAGAUAAUCGACAAUCCUGGUGACCAAUCCAUAACACUCAAAAGAGAAAUUGCAGGAGAGACUAUUAAAGCUACUGUCUACACAAACUUUGAUACACAAGAUUUGAAUGAGGAUGGCGAUGAUAAUGAGAACAAUGAGGAAUCUUUUAAGCCAGCAAUCCAGAUGGUCGUCACUGUUGAGAAACCAGAAGCCUCCAUCUUGGAAUUUGAAUGCCACUUCAAUGAUGAUGAACUGGCAAUUGAAAGUAUGAGGAUGCUGGAUCAAAAUAAUAGUGAUGCGGAGAAUUUGUAUGUGGGACCGACAUUUCAGGAUCUUGAUGAGAGCUUGCAGAAGGCCUUGCACCGGUAUCUCGAAGUGAGGGGAAUCAAGCACUCACUGCAUGACUGGCUGUGCGAGUACAUGAUGAGCAAGGAUGAGAAGGAGUAUCUGGUUUGGUUGAAGAGCAUGAAAGAAUUCGUUGGGAAUUGAGUGCCGGUGCGUAAUGUUUGUCCCUCAUAAUUAUCCAGAGCUACAUUGCAUAGAAGUCACGUUUGGUGAAAGACCAUAUGGUGGUUUUAUUUGUCAUAAAUCCUUGCUGCUGUUACCCAGCACUGUUUGCUACUAGCUAGCUCGCCUUUUAUUUAAUCCCUUUGAUCUUUGGAUGAUUGUGAUUAUUUUGCUCUUGUGCGUGGAGUUUUUGAGUACUUACUGUCGAAGUGUCAUCAUAAUUUCAACGUGCUGUCUCCACACCUUCUCCAGAAAUUAUUCUGUUUUGUGCAUUCGUGCACGCAUUGUGCGUUCACAAUGGAUAUUAUAGCAUCGGCACACUUUUUGA